AUGCGCAAUCACCACCGUCCACGGGAACGCGACUUGCUCUCCGAGAAUCGUGACCAGGAACUGAGUGCAGAUGAUGAUGAGGACACGACCAGUAUUAUAUAUACUGCUAGACGCAAUCGAAGCAAUCAAGACAUACACCGUCACACUAAUACACGAUCAGCGAAGGAUUCACGAGCGAGUGGGUUCCAUGCAGUCCUUGGCAUGGGCCUUGGCUGGCGGAGGCCUAAGUUGGAGCAGAUAACGACUGCUCCAGGACAAUUAGGUGCUGGUGAAACCGAGACAGAGGCUGAUGAACCUCCGCGACAUCUUCCGACGACGCGUAUUUUACCUGCCUCAGAUCCAUUGGUUCCACCAAGCACUCUGACAACUCUACUUUUCGAUGCAUCACGACUUUUAUCUGUCGUCCCUGCUUCAUUAGGCGCACUAAUAAAUGCCUGGUGUGUGUGGAAACCUCCAGGCCUGUACUCAGGUCAAAUCGCUUCUGGUUCGUGUUCUCGAAUCAAUCGAGAGCAUGAUAGUUGGGGUCGCAUCACUGUGCCGGACAGAGCUGAUUAUUUCCUGGCAGUGCUUUGGGCGUUACUGACAGCACAUCAAUGCCUCCAGUUAACAACUGGACUCCUUCACCGGUGGCGUGCCUACUACGCCCCUUUAUCCACGCUCAUACGCCUUCUCGCCUUGCAGGCCAUUUGUUGGCCUGCAACUCACUUUACGCUCGAGAUCCUUGGCGGACUAGGUUUCAAUGCCGAUGUCGCGUUCUCUACAUUAAACAUCUUGGACAGCGCACUGAUACGUUGGACAACAAUACGUCCGGAUGUGUGCUGGGCUGUCAUAGGGACGACGACGUGCAUUUCUCGCAGCAUCCAAAUAUGGGUGACAAGCAAUCUUCUGCCGUCAGAUACAGGCACUCGCGUUUUGGCGGUACCAGAUCGCCUACGGCCCCAUGUGAAAAUCAAGGGGGAGGAGGCACGCAAAUUGGUUGGACGUCGGUGGGAUUGGGGUGUCGUUGCAAAGGUCUGCAUGUUACCUGCAGGGUGUUUGUAUUUUGUCAUGGCGUGGAUUGGUGCAUGGAGAAGGGAGACCUGGGACUGCUAG